GAGUCCAAAGAAAAUUCGUCUGCUGGAGUCUCAUCAGCUACGAGGAGCCGUUCAUCGAGCUUUGCAGAAGCUGCAACGCCCAGAAGCCAACUUUCUGUUUGUCGAACUCACAGCUCAGGAAUGCAGAGUGACGAGAAAGUGCAGAAAGAAUCGACGGGUUCACCCCUUUCACAGAAAUCUUCAUCUACUGUACAAUUGGCGGACAAAACGGACAAAGCUCAACCCUCCAUUCGACCUAACCCACCCAGCUUUUCAGCGGUGAAAAGUGCGUCGACAAAAAGUUCGAAGAACGGGGUGUCGCCGUUGAGGGCACAACUCUCCAAGGAUCGGCCCACGUCCAGCAGUGCCCAUGCCAUAAGUCCUGCUCCUGUGGUCUCAUCGUCUCUCUGCCUCACCGCCGCUCAAAUACUGCUCAUCCGGAAGACAUGGGCCCAUGCACGAAACCAGGGUGCCCUCGAGCCGGCAAUUAGCAUAUUCAGGAAUUCCUUUUUCAAAAACCCGGAAAUUCGUUCGAUGAUGAUGCAUGGCACGAAAAAUGCUGGACAUGAACGAUUAAAGUUCCUCACUCGCUUCUCCUGCUCCACCAAGAGUCAUCAGCAUUACUGCUCUGACUAUCUACACGUAUAG